AUGUCUUCUCCGGAAGAGUCGGCUGAGCCGAAGAAGCGCGUGGUACGCCUCUCGCUGACGGAGGCAGCAGAUGAGAUCAAGAGGUUGCGGCGCUUCGAGCGGAGGGCAAAUGCAGAGCUUAAACAACAUGAGGAAGAUGCUAAAAACCACCUGGAGCAGAUUAGUCAGCUCAAGCAACAGAUCGUUGACAACGAACGCACUAGCAAGGAGGAAUUGGCCAACCUAACAAACAAGUAUGAAGAAGAAACGAAUAAGCUAAAGACGCAGCUGAAGAAUACCUCCGACGAACUUCAUCAUUUGAAAGAAACUUCUUUGCCGCUUGUUGAAGCGAGGAAGCUGACGUUUAAAGCAUUGCGUAAAGGCAGGGCGCUCCAGUAUAUAGCGCAGCUGUACACGAACAACACCGUGUUGGUUGCUGUGAAGCGGGAAGCGCUAUAUAAACUGCUGGAAAAUGCAGUUGGCACCGACCAUGCCGUGUUCCGCGCAACCCACGGCUUUGCUUGUGGCGUUCAUCCCUACACUGAGAGCCACCUGAGGUUGCUAAGACAAGAGCAGCUUAUCCUUUUGGCUGAGAAUGAGCGACUCCAGGCACAGAUCCAGGAAAUGCAGCACAGCACUGAAAAUAAACGCCGAGACCGUCUAGUGCAACAAGAAGCAGCUAUUAUCGCAAAACAUGAUGUGGGUUCAGACGGUGGGAAUUGGCAGUCUCAGUCGCCACAUGAUGCGGCCAUCGAAAACAGUGGUAGCCGUAGCGUGGGUCAAGAUUUACAGAGGAGCGGGACAGAUCCGCACGGUUUGAUGAAGGCCCAGUCUCUUCACAAUGCUGCCCUUAAGCAAGUUGAAAUGGACCUCGCAAGGACAAAGCUGCGGUCUAUCUGCUCUAUCCUCAAGAUGGCAGAAACUAGACUGCUUGCUUACGCCUGCCGCCGGCUGUACUCCCACUCCUUGGCGGAAUCCAUUGUCCACACCAUGGAAAAAGCAAUCAAAAAAACGAAUGUGGAAUUUAGAAAAGAAAGUAUCGUCACUGGAUGCGCACUGGUGACAUCCUUUGUUAGGGCAAAUGAGAAGGCUAGGAUGCUUAGAGCCUUCUGGAUUCUGAUUCUAAGCGCGAAGAUGCAGAACAGUGCCAAGGAAGUCCAAGCGCUUACGGAGCAGCUUAAACGCGCGCAAGAACAAGAGGCUGCUUCUGCCGGGCGGAGGUACUCUGCAGCGCCAUGCCGCGCUUGCCACGCGUGGUCUGUGCUAUCCUCUGAACUGGACCAGGCUAGCUCUUCCGCCGUUCGGCCUUCAGGUCUGCCCCAGAGAGAAGACUUAACCGCUGGAAUCGGCCUAGCUCCUUCACAGGGGGGUGGAAUCCCUCCGCCCGUUGCCUAUGCCCCGCAUUAUUUCCGCAACUUGCCGUCGGCGCAAAGGCGCCGCAACGUCUAUUUCACCGCUACCCCCCCACGACAGCAAGAACAAGCUAUCCCUAGCACAGUUCAGAGGGCUCGGGAAAUGGCUCUCAGCGAGGAAACUUUGUACCGGCCAAUUUCAUUGGUCGAGGGAUGGAAAGGAGCAGGCACGAAUGGCUUGGGUAUUGGCAUGGAACCCGUUGGCACCGUCAUUGGCUCCCACGCCACGUCGCAGGGCAGCAAACUGGACGCUGCUAAGGGGUCACUGAAGGGCGCACUUCUUCUACCGCAAACUACCCCAUCUUCUCAACCCCUUAGCACAGCAGAGAGAAAUAAUGCCUAUAUGGAACAGUUACUACGUGCCACUGACGAGCGUCUGAAGUUGCAGUGA